CUUUUUUCCUUGCCGGCCGUAAACAACAUCUCACAACGUGCUUUUGGAAGUGUUUCUAUUCUAAUGGAUUCAUCUAAACCUUCAACAUCUGAAAUAUCAUCCUAACCAUGAAGGCUUCCCCGUCUCCAUCAGUUACAUGUGGCGAAAAGAAAAGAAAAAAUGAGGCUCCAGCUGCAGAUGAGGGCAUCAAAAGAUUUAAGACUGAGGAGGGAGUAGUUCUCCAGGAAAGGCCUCGUCAUUCAGCGAGGCUCUCGGUCUGCCUCGAUCGUUUGCAGCAGCCAAUCACACUGGCUGAGCUAAUGGAGCUGCUUCAUUUUGCUGCCCUGGGGAAAGCAGCAGGCAUCAAACAGCCUAGCUGGUGUCGUGUCCACCAUCAAAGGAAUGUCAGCGGUAUAAAUGUUGUCGUUGUGGAGGGAGUGACGCAGAGUCUUUUCUACAAGCACUACCUCUUAAUGGAGCACCUUAGGACAAGCUACACAACUAGGGUUACCUUCACACCAUCAUCUAACAAUGUAGCUUCAGAGAUCUUCCGCUGCGAAGUUCCAAACAUGGACUUUUCAUCUGUUUCUAAACCAGAGGAGACACUUCAUACAGCUGUGAGGCACCAUCCAGUUAUCACUACAUUUGGCACAAAGAGGAGAGGACUGACUGCAUAUGUUCUGAGCCAACAGCAGUUGAUAAAGAACCGCUAUCCAGUCAAAGGAUUUCCAGGUUUCGAGGACUUUUUGUGCACAGGCAGCGAUGUGUGUGUAACAGACCAGAGCCCGCUGUAUGGACUGGACUGUGAAAUGUGUCUGACAGAGAAAGGAUAUGAGCUGGCUCGCGUUUCCCUGGUGGACAGUGAUGGUAAUUGUGUGCUGGAUGAUCUGGUGAAACCUCAAAACCGUGUUCUCAACUACCUUACACAGUUCUCAGGUAUCACAGCAGCCAUGUUGAGGCCGGUAACGACCACCUUACGGGACGUUCAGGCUAAGAUCAGGACGCUGUUACCGGACAAUGCAGUAGUGGUGGGCCAUUCCCUCAACAAUGAUCUCGUCGCACUGAAACUCAUCCAUCAACAUGUGAUUGAUACCUCUCUGCUGUACAGGAGAGAAUUUGGACAGAAGUUUAAGCUAAAGGUUCUGGCCGAGGCGGUGCUGAAGAGGCAGAUCCAAAGCGAGGAAAGGAGCGGUCAUAAUCCCACUGAGGACGCUGUGGCAGCACUGGAGCUAGCCCAGUACUUCAUCAAAGCAGGACCCCGUCAGGUGGUGGAGCUUCAUCUGGAGGAGCUGUGGGGAUACAAACUAAAGGAGGAGUCUCCUAAAAGCACACCUGCACCAACACCAAGCUACAGGUUUGCAGACAUUUUGCAGACAACCGGCCGCUCCCCAGCAUAUUUCGGAAAGCGAGCUGACGUCGCUCUGGAUCUGUCUCAUCAGUGCUGGUACAGCUCUGACAAAGAGAUAGUGUCAUCUUUCAGAAAGCAGACCAAGCACCCUUUCCUCUCCGUCGUUCAGUUGUCCUCCUUUUACAAUUAUCUGAAAAGACGCUCAGCUAAUCAGCCGCAGCUGUAUAACAAUAUGUGUGCAAACCUUGGAGAGAUGUGUGCAGUGUUUGCUGGGCCGUUCCCUGCAGGUUUCUCCAAAAGAGAUGUCAAGCGGAUGUUUUCUUGCUGCGGGCCGGUUCGGAGAGUCCAAAUGUUGAGCACAAGUGUCAGGAACCAUGCAAAGGUGGAGUUUUGGAUGCUGGAAGGAGCGGUGCUAGCUUUAAAAGUGCUGAAUGGACUCAGUGUGCUAGGUCAGACGAUCAAGGUGCAGAGGCCUGUAAACAAAUCAAUGCUGGACUUAGAUUUGAAUCUUGAGACUUUAAUGAGUGAGAAACUUAACACCAAUCGUCUUUAUGUUGUUAAACUGAGACAUGAUGUGGCUCAGGGGCUCAACAUUUCUGCAAAGCUUAACAGAUGUCUGUCAGAUGCUAAUUCUUCAGCUUUACCGCCUGGUAGACCGAUGAACGGCUUGCCACAAACCGCUCAAAUAAACGGUAAACAUACUCACUCAGCCAAACCUGAACUGAGUGAGGAGAGUGUCAGAGAGACAUUCAGUAUGUUUGGUUCAAUAAGGAGCAUCAGUCUGCCUGGUAAACCUGCAAAACGUGCAAUUCAUGCAUACAUAGAGUUUCAAGAUGCUGAGGGGAAACACGCUGCGCUCGCCUCCUCUGGGCGUCUGCUGGAGGACAGUUAUCUAGUAUGGCCGUCCAUAACUCCACCCCACCUGCUGUCAUGGAUUGGCCUGAUGACCGAGAGUAAACCAGAGCAGGAAGAAGAGGAGACAGUGGAGGACUUUUUUGAUGGUGGUUUUCAGGACCAGGAGUCAAGUCUCCUGAAGAAGCUGGACCGCCGGCUGAGUAAAGUUUUCCGCUCCCUACCAGACGGGACCAUGUCUGUGGUGCUGCUGCUCGAGGACACCAGCAGCACAAGUUCUGAUCAUCCUGGUUUAUGUUUUCUGGAAGUCAAAAUGGAGAAUCAAUCCAGGAGAUAACCUGAAUCAACAAGAGUGAUAUCUGCAGACUUUCUCUGUGAGGGCAGGACCCUUCUUUACAUAUUUAUCAGGAUACAUUUACAUCAACCUAUCAGAGCUCAUCAGAGAAUAAAUAACCACCAGGAGAUGUUAAAACUGACAUCACAUCACCUUUAAGUUUAUUUCCAUCUUUUUUGUUUUGUUUGUUUUUUAAGUUAAAGCUACAGUAACUUUUGACCCAAUUAUUAGCUCAAUUUGAGAUAUAGUAAAAGUUUUUCUUAGGUCAAUAUAUGGAUCUACUGGCCUAUUGUGAAUGAGUCAUGUGACCCAGGGGGCCACUUUAUUGCAGUCUGAGAUCCAAUUAAACACCAAAAUUAACUAAGCUAAAGGUUGUCAGCCAACUCAGGUAUGACACUUACCCGAUUAGACAUAUAUUUGGCUCACUUUCAAAUAAAGGUCAUUAGAGCUAAAAAAAAA